UUCAGUUUUAUUGUCACAGUUGUGCCCUGGGGGAUUGCAUCGCAUCAGCAGUGCAGCAGGGAGACACACUUCCAGUCUUUUUACUCAGAUUCUUCAACACAAAACUAUGUUGCAAAGGAAAUCUUCAAAUGUUUCUGACAAACCCAAACCCAAAUGCCAAAAGCCAAAGCGAUCCACCAGCUUUGGGAGAUUUGACGCUUUCAGACAUCAGUCAUCAGCACAGCCUGCACGAGAAGACAACUCAGAGAGCAGUGCUGCUGAAGGAGAUUGUGAAGCGGAGGCCUGUGAUCAGAAUCACAACAAACCCUCCAGUAAUACAAGCAUCAGCAAGAAGAUGAGGGCCAUUUCUCUGACCAUGCGCAAGAAGAUGGGCAAAAAGUACAGCAAAGCACUCUCUGAGGAAAUGUGUGAAGACACAGAGCGAGACUGCAGGACCCACGAGGGCGAUCACGAGCUCGGCCAGCACUCCGACGAAGCCCCUCUGAAAGCCUGCGACUCCAUGGAAAGCCUGUACAGCGGGAGGAGUUCCUCCAGUGGGGUCACCAGUGGCUCGGAUAGAUCCAGUAACCGUGACAGCAUUCGACUGGAAGAGGACGUGCCGUACCCCGGGCCCUUCUGUGGGAGCUGCCGAGUUCACACUGACUUCAUCCCCAGCCCGUAUGACAGCGACUCCCUCAAACUCAAGAAAGGAGAUGUUAUUGAAAUAAUCAGCAAGCCUCCGAUGGGAACGUGGACAGGCAUGCUCCACAACAAAGUGGGCAGCUUCAAAUUCAUAUACGUGGACGUGAUUCACCAGGAAGAGGAGGUGGAGCAGGAGAGGAAGAUCCGACCGCACAGGCGAAGCAGGAGGCCCCGGCCCAAAACCCUGCUGGAACUGCUAGAGCGACUGGACCUGAAGGAAUACGCCUCGUCUCUCCUCCUCAAUGGCUACCAGACCGUGGAGGACCUGAAGGAGCUGAAAGAGAAGCACCUGAUUGAGCUCAACGUGUCCGACCUCGAGCACAGAACCAGGCUGCUCGCUGCAAUAGAGAACCUGGCAGGGACAGAGCGUGAGUACAGCUGAGCAGUAGUGAGCACCAGGCUCCGUGUGACACUGGAGUGAGAGUACAGCUGAGCAGCAGUGAGCACCAGGCUCCGUGUGACACUGGAGUGAGAGUACAGCUGAGCAGCAGUGAGCACCAGGCUCCGUAUGACACUGGAGUGAGAGUACAGCUGAGCAGCAGUGAGCACCAGGCUCCGUGUGACACUGGA